UGGCAGCGGACAGGAAGUGUGAGUCAGGGCGAGGACGGAAUGUCUACUGACACUGAUGAACUUGAUGAUCCGGAUCGACUGCUGCUUGGUGGUGGUACAGCAUCAAGCUCCCACAUGAUGGAGAAGUUCCGAGGCGUGAGAAAUGAAAUGAGACGUCGUAUAUUACACACUAGAGAUAUCAUCGGAGAUGGAAAGUCACAGCAUCUGUGUUCCGCAUACCAGACUGCACCUGGUAUAAACCAGUCUGUCAGCUCUACUGACAGCUGUUCUAGUGGAAUUGGGAGCCAGUCUGGGGGUCAGAUUUGGACUGACCUUGAUGUUCAAGGUCAAGGUCAGAUGGCAGGUCCUAUCCUAGGAAUUGCUAGAGUAACCUCAAAUUACACACCGUCACAGGGAGAAAAAGACUUCCUACACUUAAAGAGAGGAGAAAGGGUUCAUGUAUUGGAGGCAACUAGUGGAGGGAUCUGGAAGGGUCAGAUUGACAAUAGAGUGGGCUUCUUCCACUUUAACUUUGUUGACAUGAUCACUGAAAACACACCAACCAAUCAUAGGAAAGAUAAAACUAGACGGAGGAUGAAUAGACGUUCCAAACCACAGACAGUAGAAGAAUUGUUGCAGAGAAUAGGGCUUGAGCAUCUGACUCCAAUAUUUCUGAUGAACGGUUAUGAUAAUCUGGAAAUAUUUGCGGAGAUUGAUCACGAAGAUCUCAAUGCCCUGAAUAUCCUAGAUUCUGAAUCUAGAACUAAACUCAUCACAGCUGCAGAACUUCUUACUGAUUAUAAUGAUGGACCUCAAGAGCCACCAAUGAGAAGCAGUCGUUCUGCUUCAGCCACGCCCACAAGUCAACAACAAUAUGCUGUACCAUGGACCAGUUUUUUCCCUUCUUCAAAACCAUCAACUGGCAGCCGAGAUUCCGGUUGCUAUGACAGUAAUGAAUUCAUGAAUCGUGAAAAUGACCCGUAUGCUAGUGCUUGUAGAAUUAGGGCUGUUACUGAUAAAGAAAAUCUGAGACCAAAUGGCGGGAAAAAAUUAUUGGUUGCUCAGCAGACGGUGCCCGGAACUAAUAUAGAAUUUAAUCUAAAUGGUGCUAAAGUGCAAAAUGGAGCAAAAGAGGAGAAAAUAUAUUCUGAGGAGGACCAAGAAGUGUGCCAUAUAACAGGUUUUCAGAAUAGUAAAGGAAGUAGGUCAUCUCCACGGCAACCAACUCUAGUCAAUGGUCGGGACAGUGCUAGUAGUGAUGUUCAUAGUAACUAUAGGUCAUUAAAUAUACCAGUGUUAGGGCCAGAUUGGAAAGUGUUUUCUGACUCAUAUUCUCAAACAUCUCCAUACGGAUCCAUGAGUGACAGCUUUCAUACAUCUGCUGAUGAAACAAUUGUUGCUCCUGGCUCGGCGAUGUCUGCUAGUGUUCAUGGUGACAUAUUUUCUCAAAAUAUUAGCACUAUUUCUAGGAAAACAAAACCAUAUGCACGUAAAAUUUCACCGAGUGUUCCAAUGAAAGAUGCUCAAGUUCAAGUCAUGUGUCCUCUAGGGCUCUUUCCUCUUCAGUCUCCAUGUAGUCCAACUUUAGUUAGUACAUCUGUAACACAGUCUACUGUUGAAACUGUUAACCAGUCACAGACUGGUCCUCAACAAAGUUUUAAUCUAGAAUUAACAAGACAGUCUGGUUUACAGCUGAUACCUGACACAUCACUUCCUACUAGGGUUUCCUACACUUCCCAGAACUCCAGAGAUGGUGAUUCUGGAAGUGAUGCCAGCACUGUUAAAUCGGACAAAAUUGGCAGUGGUCCGGAGCAUGGAAGAAGUACUCCGGACUCUCUGUACGGACCUAUCCAUAAAAGUUUCAAGUCAAUCAAGAGAUCUGUGAUACCAAAGGUGACCUCGAAGUUGGCUUCAGAGAAUAUAGAUUUAGCGGGGGAACCUUACUCAAGUCCAUCUGGUGCAUGCGGUAUACCCCCACUUCUGGUGCAGAGGUACGCUGAGGAGCUCAAACAAGACGUGUUCAAGACAGCGGUAAUACUAGACCAGGUCCGCAUGCACAAACUGAGCACACUUGGUAGACCAAUGAUUGCAGCCGAACAGCUGACGGAACAAAGUCUUGCCACAUCUGAGCUAAAAAUAGCAACAAUCCCAGAAUUCUUCAUUUCUAUUGGACUGCCCAUGUAUGCAGAACCAUUCUGUAUGAAGGGUUACACAUCGGUGGAAGCUAUAUCAAACUUACCGGUCAAGGAAAUCCAGUCUAUAUCAAAAGCUGAUAGAAAACAUUUAAAACGUAUCAUACACGCCCUCGAAUGGGUGCAAAAUAGACUUAAAUCUCCGAGCAGAAAAGUGAAGUCAUCUCCAGUUAAGGAUAAAGUUUGAUCAAUGAAUAUUGUUAGUAAGAAUAAGAGAAAGAAGUGCUUUUCAGAUUGAAGACUUUUUGAAAAAAAGUUUUGCUAAUAUUUUUGUCCUAGAAUGAUAAUUUUAUUUUUGCAAGGGCGAUGAAGUCUAUUCUGUUAUUGUUCUUCAACAGUCAGUGAGUGGCCCAUACAUUAUGUCAAAUUGAUUGCCACUUAAAAAAGCUGUGGUCAGUUUUUUCUACGCACCUGCCCGGUCAAGGCUGAAUUAAUGAAGAUAACAGCUUGUGGUCUUCUAAUUCUAACAGUAGGAAAUGAACUACAUGACCAUGACUUGAAAGUAGAAAGCCAACAUUAUGGAUCAGUUAGGAGAUAAAAUAUUAAAACAUGCAUGCUUCAUUUAAGUUGCAAAACUUAAGAUUUUGUUGAACUUGAAGCAUUGAGGCCAGUAUUUGGAUAGAUGAUGAAAUUUUAUCUUUAAAUUUUCUUCAACCUUAAGACACUUUGAUGAUGAUGCACAAAUAUUAAAUAAAUAUUAAUGGUUUAAAACCCAUAACUAUAGCAGGGUCAAAUAGUAAAAAAAGAUUUUUUUUUUCAAGUGUACCCUGCACAUGCAUAUUGCCAUGAUACAAAUAUAAACAUUUGAAAUCAUCUUUUAUUUACCAUAAUAAAAUUUACAUUUUAUAAUUUUGGCAAAGUUAAUUGCCACUAAAGAAUUUCACAGGGAACACCAUUGAUAUUCCAACCAACCAUGUAUUUUUAUCUUUUAUUUCUUAUACUUCACAAGGUGUCAUUGGCCAUUAUCAAGCAUUAAUGUCAAAUUUUUGGUGGCAGGUUAAACUUGCAAUGUAGUCAAUGGCAACAUAUUUUUUAAUAUAAUAGCAAUAUUAAACUUACCAUAGAACCCAUUAACGUUUAUAUACAAAAAUAUAUGGCAAUGCAUGUACAUUACUUAUUGGACAAAACAGUGUUAUCUAAGGACUUCAAAACUUAAAAAGUUGAGUUUUUGGAUUAAAUUGUUGCACUCUUGCUACCACUAUAUGAGAAUACAAUGUAAUAUUGUACAUCAAUUAUUGACAUCAAGUCAUUGGUUUUAAAUUGUGCCAUGUGGCAAUCCAUUAUACUUCCAAAAGGGACACUAUAGCAUAAUAUACAUGUAAUUAGCAAAAUAAUUUUCCUAUAUUGGACAGUUGUGUGAGAACUAUGAUUUUUUCCAUGUAAUGUCCGUUGUGAAAGAUUUAAACAAUAGUUUCCAAUUGAACUUCACCAGGAGCAUUAUUAAACAUCUUGCGAAAACAAAGUUGAUGCCAUAAAAUAAUUAUUGUCAUUUUCUCCUCAUUCAAUCUUGUACAUUUUGAGAUUUUAUUUUAUGUAAGUGCAAUACUUCCUUUCCAAAGAAAAUGCCAUCAUACACAAUAUUUUUCCUCCCAAAGUCUUACUUUCUUUUAUGUUUUCAUUUUACUUUGUUCCUAUAUUUAUGUUUUACUUUCAUUUAUUUAAUUUAUGUUUUCAGUACAACUGUUUUAUCUUCCAAAGGUUAAAGGACAUAUUGAUUAGCAUGUAUUACAACUGUUUUGCACUACACUUUAAAAUCUACAUGUUGUUUUUUAAGAAAAGUUCAAAACAGUCAUACUGAACUUAUAAUGUAUACCUCAUUCAAAAACUACACAAGGCUUGUGAAAUUGUAUUUAUUUAGUAAUUAAUUUCUUUUUAUAGUCAUUAAUUGAUUGUGAAAUUUGGGUUGUGAAAUAUAAAUUCUUGUAUUAAUUACUGGGUCAUCUGGAUGUCAUUUAUAUAAGUCAUCACAGCUUUACCAAAAAAAAUUUAAGGGUUUUAUUCUCAAAGACAUGUUUUACCUUUUAAUUUGUUGCAUUAGCAUCAUAUUUUACCCUUCCUAUUUUGGUUUUACUUUUUUCAUGACUGAUACCAUAUUGCUUUCCUUUAAUUCUUAUUUUGUUGGUUUAUUUAUUUUUAGAGUUUUUAUAUCAUUUCAUAUUAUCACUAUAAAAGGGCCAUUUUUCUUAGAACUUGUUUACAAUCUAUAAAUGAGCUGCGUCACGACAAAACCAACAUAGUGCGUUUGCCACCAGCAUGGAUCUAGACCAGCCUGCGCAUCCGCGCAGUCUGAUCAAGAUCCAUGCUGUUCGCUUACCAACACUAUUACAAGUGGAGAAACUGACAGCCAACAGCAUGGAUCCUGAUCAGACUGCGCAGGCUGGUCUGGAUCCAUGCUGGUCGCAAAUGCACUAUGUUGGUUUUGUCUUGACGCGGCUCAAAUUUUACUUGUACUCGUGUGAAAUGACUGAAGCCCAAAGCAUUGUUAUGACCUUACAGUGUUCAUUCUUUACAGUCUUUAUGGAAUAUAUUAUACUAUAAAGUACUAUUCAAUUUUGCAACGCAUCUGAAUAUUUCAUAUGAAACAAAGUUUUACACAUAUCUUUUAUCUGAUUUAUUUAUAUUACUAAUGGAUCAAUACAAAGGAAGUUUUUUACAAUAAUUUUUUUCCAGAAUUUGAAGGGAAAGAAUUAACAGUGUUCCAAUUAUUUUUAUUAUCACAGCAUAUAUUAUCUUUUUGUUAAUAAUGUAUAAAUGGUAAAUUAUUGACAUGUACCAUCUUUUUUAAAGUUUUGUAUUUACUUAUGACCUUUUUUGAUUUGUCUCCUCAAAAAUUCUUCGCUGCCACUCUUAAGUAAACACUGCAAUUAUGUAAAUAUAUUUUGGUCAGUAGAAAACAAUGGAUACAUGGUACAUUUUUGUACAUGAUUGAAAUUGUUAUAUUUGAAGGCACAAAAAUAUUUGUCAUGCAAAAAAGAAUCACAAUUUUUUUCUUCCUACUAAAAAGCAUUUGGCAAAAAUGCUUAGGUUUUCAUUGUGACUGAUAACAGUGAGUGGUAUAUUUCAUAUAUGUCACAGAUAGAAUAACCAUAUUUUAUAAAUAUGGUAAAUAUUUGAUUUCAUAAAUAUGGAAUAUAGUUUAUUUCAUAGAUGUAAAAUAGUUCAUCUCAUGAAAAUAGAAAUAGUUUAUUUAAUAAAUACGGGAACAGUUUAUUUCAUAAAUAUGAAAUAUAAUUUAUUUCACAAAGAUGGAAUAUAGUUUAUUUCAUAAAGAUGGAAAAAAAGUUAUUUCAUAAAUAUGGAAAUAGUUUAUUUGGAAAGUUUAUUUCAUAAAGAUGGAAAUAGUGUAUGUCAUAAAUAUGGAAUAUGAUUUAAUUCAUAAAGAUGGAAUAUUAAUUUUAGGCAUCUUUUAAAAUGAUUCUUAUUUCAACACAUUACUAGUUAGUUAUAUAACAGGAGUGUAGAAAUAUAUCAGAACAUUUGUGUAGAGUACUUGCUAGAUGUUAAUUUAUUCAAAUACUAGAUUCGUGUAGAUAGAAAAUAAUGUUAUUGUUUUUUACAGAUUACUGUUACUUUGUUGUAUAAUAUUGUAACUUACGAUUUCAUAAAAGGGACACAACUCUUGGUUUACUGUGAAAUAAAUUUGAAAAUUAAAAUUAAAGAAUUUUGAUGUAAAAUGAAUGAAAUUCCAAUAAAAUACAUCAGUUAUUUAGUUCUUGUUUUAGGUAUUAUUCUAAUAUUGGAUAAAAACUUUGAUAAGUGCUAUGUUUUGGUUCAAUUCAAAAAAGAAAGAAAAAAAAUCAUUUUAAAAAUGCAUGCUUCACAUUGUAAUAGUAAAGAAAUCAUUGUAGAAAUAUGUCUUUUUUUGUUUGCUUGUGAAUAUUUGGCCAUGCAGCAUGCUAAAUUGAAAUUUUAAUCAGCAAAAUUUUGGUUGAUAUGGAAAUAAGAAAUGAAAAUAUAAAUCAUGAAGUUUUAAGCAUUGUUGAUUUAUUGAUUAAGUCAACAUCCUUCACUAUGGUUAUUUUGUGUUCAUUAUGAUAAGAUUGUGUUUAAAAUAUUUGUUAUUUAUUUCACUUACAUUUAUGUUGUUAUAUUAUAUAUAUACAAGUCAUUUUGUUGGUUGUAAGGUUAUUAGUGUGAAAGAAAUAAAGAAGUAUUACAUUUAAA